AUGCUUUUUUCCAGGUACGAAGAUCGAUUGAAAUAUGCACGUCGUUCGGGCACCAAAGGGGUGUUAGUUACUGGAGCCUUCACAGGCCUCUACUUAUUCGUUGUUUUCAGUUCCAUGGGAUUGGUGUUUUGGUACGGAACAAAUUUGGUGAUCGAGGAAAAAGUUACUCCGGGCACAGUGUUUGCAGUGUUCUGGGCUGUUAUGGGCGGUGCAAUGCGUCUUGGUCAGGCGUUGCCUCAAGUUGGGACUAUCAUUGCCGCUAAACUUGCUGCUGGUGAUAUAUUUCAAAUCAUCAACAUCGUAUGUUUAUCACAGAAGUAUCUCGGGGAAUUUGAGACAUUUUUAUGAAG